CUAGAAACCAGUUAGUAACGAUUCAAUCGCCGAAGUGGCCGCUAGAUAUCGCAUCACGUUCCGUGCUAGUAAUUUUUAGCAAGUCAUCCCAGAAUGAGUUCUUGGCAGCGUCCCACCUCUGUGGAAUAUCCCCGCGUGUGGAUUACUUUUCGGGCGCGGGACGUCGACAGCGACGAGCUGGUGGAGUACCGGGUCCAGGAUCUGCCCGGGGAUCGCAUCGAGGAUGCCAUCGCACACAUGAAGACCUUCUUUCUGCGCGAUGAACCCAUGUGCAGCAGCGUUGGGUUGUACCGGGAUCCGGACGCGCUGGACGAGUUUGCCGAGAUGUGGCGCACGGUGGCGGCCCAGAAGGUCGCCGUCGUUUGUUUCCGUGCCGGAUCGGACGAGAUUGUCGGUCUGAACAUGCUGACCGUGGUGUCCCAGGCGAACGCCAAGGAGUACAAGUUCAAAAGUGUCGGAAUGCAGACCAUGUACGACGCUUACGUCGGAAUGCUGAAGCAAGCGAACCUGUUUGAAAAAUACGCCGUCGAGGAUUACCUGUCGGCUUGGGGACUUUCGGUUUCUCCGAGGUUCCGAGGCCGAGGAAUAGCCACGGAGCUGCUUCGGGCUAGGAUUCCGAUCUGCCGAGCCGUGGGACUUCGCGUAACGGUAACGCUGUUCUCCCACCCGGGAUCGCAGAUUCCCGCGGCCAAGGUUGGCUUUUUUGACGAAAUUGUGGCCAGUUACAAACAACUUGCCGAAGAUGGUUACUUGUUCCCAGAAGUGACCCAUGAGCUGUGCAAAUUGAUGACCAUGGUUGUGGAGUAA